GGGGCGGAUUUUCGCUUGUUAUUAUAGCAGUUAACAAAAAAUCUCAUUAACAUUUUUUCAAUUAUAUAAAAUACGUGCAAAAGGGUCGGUCCGAAGCAAACAAAAAAAAGAAAUACGUACAAAACAUUCCAUUGACGAUAAUAUUUCUCAAAUUCUGAUUCUAAUCUACACAACAUGGUUUCAAGAUAUGCUUCCUACCAUCAAGUAAACGUUGGAUUUUAGUUUGAUGAAAUUGUGGCACAUUGCAUUCUGCAACGAGUUUGGAUUUUUUUUAAAUGGAGUGUAAAGACUUUGUUUCACCUGAUGCCUAUCAUACCGAAAACGAAUUGCUCAAGGCUAUUAAAAAGAAAAAUAAUUAUUCACUGGAAGGUAAUAUCUCCAGCUCGAAAGCGCUUCUGCGUCGCCAAGUCGGCAGAAAUGGCGACAAUUUGUAUGAUUUACUGGUACGACUAAUUUCAAAUUUACUCGACAAUACACCGCCAAACGUAGUUGAACAUUUUGAGGAGUAUUGCCGACUGGCCAAAAUCGACUUCCUUUCUCCGGAUCGUUUACUCCUGCAUCCUUUUGAUCUACCUCAUGUAAACGACAGUACAGUGCAGAAACAAGUAAAAUUGGCCAAACAAACUUUGAAAGCCUUGGCCCAGAUUGAAAUCGAAAACGUUUGCCACCAUACCAAGCUCAGUCUGUUCGUUCAACGCAGUUUAAAUAUGAUGGGUUUGGAUCUUCCCAGAGGGUAUGAUUAUUUUAUCAGCGCUAAAAUUGAUGAAAUAUUUCGCAACAAUCGAAAUGUAAAGUCAUGCGAAUUCUGGGGCAUCGUGAGAUCAUUGGGGUGCGAUUAUUACGUCCUGGAAGUGGAACUUCGAGACAAAAGUGUCGAGUACUGUGAGCAUCGAGGCGUGAUCGGGACCCAUCCGGAAAUUAUAACUAACAUCAUCGACGGUGUACUCGAAAUCACGUUACAGCAAACAAAAUCCCUAAGCCUUUUGCCACUAUUGACGUCGGAAUCUUUGGAUGAUCUGACUCAAUGGGUUAUGAAUGAAAUACUCUCCCAACUUCAGCUGGUGGACAGAGAAAUAGAAGAACAGCAAUGUCGUCUAGACAUAGCCUCACUUCUCACAGAAUUAAUCGAACGUUUGCCCUCCCAAUCCUCGUCUGAAGCAUCCUCUUCCACAAUGCUCACCGAUCCCUGCGCCACUUCACGUUUGUCCGUGCACUCUACUGCUUCGUUGUUGCGCAAUCGGCUUGAGCGUAUUCAGCUUGAAAGUCGUUUGAACAAUCGGAAGUAUUGGGUGUCGGAAAAUCCACGCACCAAACCGUGGCAGGAGCUGCCAGAUAUCACUAUGGAUCAGCUUGAAUCUACGGAAGGCUUACGAGUUUUCUUGCGCGGAAAUUUAGAAGCACCGGUGCCACAUAUAGUGAAACAAUUUAAUGGCGUGGAGAAAAAUUUGUUACGUGCACUGAUUUGCAGAAUCAGUUCCCAUCGAGAUUGUCACAUUGAUGCUUCGGAAACAAAUAUUUCGCUAGUCAGAUGCCUUUCAGGCAUGUUUCGCUCCAUAACCGGCUACAACCAAGAGCUGUUGCAGGAACGUGCCGAGCGUUGGUGGGAACGCAAGGAACAGGGAAUGAAGUACUGGAUUUCGGAAACCUGGCCCGGGCUUUGUGCAUUUCCUGAUGGAGAACAGUUUCGCUGUUACUACAUUGGAUGGGCAUUAGAAAAACGAAACAAUUGGUACUGUCCAAUUGUAUGCAUACCGAAAAUGGCGUGCGAAUACGAGCAGGCCACUUUGCGGAACAGUGAUAUUUCACAGCGAACCGAAGAUUUAAAUUGCGAUGAUGUCCUUUCCAGAACAUCUACCAGAAGUUCUUUUCACUGAUUUAAAUACACUAUACUAUUAAAUAUGCUAAAUUGUAAA